CGGCGGCGCUCUUUUUGGGACAAUAUUUUCACAAACUGGCGGUGCAGGAAACACGGUGCACGGAAGGAGGCACCGUGCGCGCCGGCGUAUGGGAGGAGACACGGUCCUCGUCGCAUGGUUUAGUCCUGGUUAAAUCCUGGUUUAGACCAGGUUUAGACCUGGUUUUAGUCCUGAAUUCAGUCCUGGUUUAGUCCGAGUUUUAUUUCUGGUGUAGUCCUGAUUUUAGUUGUGGUAUAGAGGGGUGGCCCACGCAGCAUACUGCGAGAAUACACGGUCUAGAGUAGCCUUAGUUGACUUUAAAGUGUAGUCUUUUGUGUUUCUUUAAAUCCACUCUCAGUGGAUAAGUGUGUUUGUGUGUGUGUAUAUAAUAUAUAUUAUAUAUAGAUAUAGAUAUAUAGAUAGAUAUGGCAAAUCAAACACCAUUUUGUAUUGAAAAAAUAAUAAUUAAUUGAAGUAAUGACCAUUAACAUGGGGCUCUCAUAAGAGAUGAGAAACCUGUUAUAUGCAUUUCCUGAAAACAAGGUUUAAUAGAACAGGAAACUGAAAGUAAACUGUCAGUGCACUGGUGCCACAGAGAGAGACAAGACUCAGCACCCCGAGAACCAAAGCUCCAAUGGCAACUGCAGCAGACAGGAGGAUUGUGCUUCUGGGUAAGACUGGAGCUGGCAAGAGCAGCCUGGCCAACACUAUACUUGAAGAUGGUAGUUUGUUUAAAGUCUGUCACUCCUCCACAUCUGGAACAGUGAUGUGUCAGUCUGAGAUCAAAACAGUGCAUGGAAGAAAUGUGCAGCUAAUCGAUACUCCUGGACUUUUUGAUACCGAUUCAAAUGCCCCUGAUUUAAAAAAGGAGACUCUUAAUUGCAUGAUUGAGUGUGCAGAAGGAGUCCACGCCUUUCUGCUGGUGCUCAAAGUGGAGAGGUUCACCAAACAGGAGCUGUCUGUGGCUGAAGUUAUCAGUAAAAACUUCUCAGAAGAGGCUCUCAAAUACACCACCCUGGUCUUCACUCAAGGUGAUCAGCUGGAAGAGGGGGUCACUAUAAUGGAAUGGGCCAUAGAUAAUGAAGCCCUGAGCACCCUGGUUCUGAAAUGUGGAGGUCGCUGUCAUGUGUUUGAUAAUAAAUACUGGAACAACAGCAGUGAUCUAUACAGGAACAACCAGUACCAGGUCAGAGAGCUGCUCAAGACCAUUGACCAAACUGUGCAAAAGAAUGGAGGAAGAUGCUACACCAAUGAGAACCUUGAAAAAAUGAAAGAAAAACUACAACAAGAGAAAAUGAUAAUAAAAUCAGCACCACAGAACGCCAGCCUGUCUGAGCAGCAGGUCGAGGAAAUGGCCAGAGAAAACACCUUUUCAUUUUUCUGGCCCUUAAUGGUUGGUGGGGUGGGAGCACUCCUGGGAAUUGUGGGAUUUCUUAAGUUACGCUAGGGAAGACGUUUAUGUUUGGGUAAAAAGAAAAAAAAAAGAAAAAAAAAGAAAAACUGGAGUAUUGCUCAGAUUUGUCUUUCAGAUCAUCAUCAUAGCUGUGUCUCCAAGACACAGAGAAUAGUUUCUUCUCUUUUUCACUGUUCAUUUGAAAUGGUGUCACAUUGUUUGGGAUUUAUGGUGCGAAUGGUGUGGCCUAUUUCACAGAUCAUUUUAUACACUUUUAAUACAUUGCUUUGUAUAGGACUUUGACUUGGUUUUGGAUAUGUUAGUGCACAGAAAAUAUUUGGUUCAGUUGUUACUGCUACAGCAACAAACAAAUAAAGUCUGAGUGAUUGAGGACA